CUCUCUAUACACUAUCCUUUUAUUUCCUCAAUACUCUACUAUUCUACCAAAGUCUCAUCUAUUGCACAUUUCACAUUAUGUCGGUCUGGCCAAUGGACGAGAAAACUAAAGGUGGCCCUUUCCCGCUGCAACAGUUCUACCCCAAACCAAACGCCCCGGUACCAUCUCCAUAUCCUAGUCAAUUCCAGCCCAUGCCAGGAAAUCUGCCAUACCCUCCCCAGCCAUAUCCUGUGUAUCAGCAGCCUGUAUUAGGGCACCCGCAAUAUCCGCCCCAGCCCUAUCACGCCCAGGGUCCAGCACGCUCCCUACAGGUCGAGUUCACCAGCUGGACAUCAAGGCACUUGGCAAUCAAUGAAGUGGGACAAGGCUCGUUGGUAUAUGCGGCAGACCUCCACAAUCGAAAUCCUCAGAUGGAAUUCAAGAUGGGCGCAACAAACACUCCCUUCGCGACAGUGCACAUGCGAUCGCUGAAGCCGGAAAUGGACAUCCGUCUCCAUGGGUGUGAAAUCAAUCUGCGGGUCAAGUCUUGUAUGAAGCACCAAACAACGUAUAUGUCAAUCGCCUUCCCAAACACGUAUUUGACCUGGAAGUGCACGAGUGCCUUCAAGUACCUCGACUUCGAAUGUGUGGACCAAAACUCGGUCGUUGUGGCUAGAUUCAAACCGCAUUCAUCGCUGUCAAUGCGAAAAUUGGGCCGUUUGGACAUCCUCAUCCCGCCGGCGACCAGCGGUGUCGCUAUGGAUGAGCUGAUGAUCACCGGUGUCGCGUUUAUGUAUUACGCAUACUUGACGCAUACGCGGAACACGGUUGUUGCCGUUGCUUAAGGCAUGAUGGUUGAAAAACGGGGUAAACUCUGGGUUUUUGGGCUCUAGUGAUUAGAAUUUUCUUCCCUUUUGCCUUAUUAUCUUUUUGGUUCUUUUUCUACAGAUGUAUAUAACUAUUUCCUUUCCUUUUGCAUUGUCCCCUUCUGUUGUUGGUCUCUUUGCGACGCUUAGCGUGUACCUCUGUAUGGUGUGUUGUGAAUGAUUCCUGGAAUAGAGUACCCUAACGAAGACCGAUAAUCACAACCUCAUGUUUACAAGCA